AAUAUGUUGAAGUGAGACAUAUAUACAUUUUCUCACUCUAACUUAUUGCACUAGUUCAGCAGUGCAGCUACAAAGAACAGGCCUUUGAUAAGUUAAGUGCUAUACUUUUAUUUCGUAUAUAAUCAACACAUUGUGCAUCGUUUUGGAAACAGCGUAUCGUUAAAUAAACCAACGACGCGGCAUAAGGACGUUUUUGCAAAGUCGAGUUUCGAAUGUGAUUCUUCUGCCAGGAGAACUUCUUAUGAUACAUGUUUACGCACAACCUCGUGUAUCAGCGGCAACUAUUUACAGUGAGCAUAUAACUUUUCAAAAAUGAAUGGGAUUAUCCCUGAAAUGGAACAAAUUAUCAGUCAGCUUGAAAGAGGUACUGUAGUAACUAAGUUUUUUCCAAGAAAACGAGCAGAAAAGAAAACUCUUAUGAUACGAAGAGAAACUAGACAGAUUGUGUGGUCAAGAAGUACAACAUUCAGACCGUUUGAUGGUUCAGUGGAAAUAAGAGAAGUUAAGGAAAUUAGGAUAGGAAAACAAUCUAAAGAUUUUGAAAAAUGGCCAGAAGAUGCUAAAAAGAUUGAGAAUUUAAGGUGCUUUGUUGUAUAUUAUGGAUCAGAAUUUAGAUUGAAAACUCUUUCUAUAUCUGCUCUUAGUGAAAAAGAAUGUGAAUUAUGGGUUAAAGGAUUACGUCAUUUAGUACAAGACACUAUAAAUGCGCCAUAUCCUUUACAAGUUGAGAGAUGGCUUAGAAAAGAGUUUUAUGCUAUGGAAAGUUCCCGUGAAACAAUUACCAUGAAGGAUAUAAAAGCAUUUUUACCUAGAGUUAAUUGUAAAAUUGCUACAAAUAGACUUAGGGAAUUGUUUCAAGAAGUAGACACAAGAAACCGGAAUGAACUUGGAUUUGAUGACUUUGUUAUCCUAUAUCACAAACUAAUGUUUGAUCAGAAUAAUUUUGCAGAUUGGAAUAAAUUAUCGAAUUACUCCCUAACUGGACAAACUGUCACGCUUCAAGAAUUCCAGAACUUUUUAAUAACUGAACAACAAGAUAAUUUAGGCAACAAUGAUUUAGAAAUAUCGCGUUUUAUUAGGGAAUAUUUACAAGAUCCUCAAAGAGAUAUACAAGAACCAUACUUUACUUUCUCAGAAUUUAUUGAUUUUUUAUUCUCUAAGCAAAAUGAUAUCUGGAAUCAAAAAUUUAAUCAAGUUUCUCAAGACAUGACUCGGCCUCUUGCACAUUAUUGGAUAGCGUCAUCACAUAAUACAUAUUUAAUGGGAGAUCAGAUCAGCAGUGAGAGUAGCUGUCAGGCCUAUGUACGUGCGCUAAGAGCUGGAUGUAGAUGUAUAGAGCUUGAUUGUUGGGAUGGUCCAGAUGGAAUGCCAUUUAUAUUCCAUGGACACACUCUCACCACUAAAAUUAAAUUCUUGGAUGUUAUUAAAACUAUUAAGGAACAUGCUUUUGCUACAUCUGAAUAUCCUGUAAUUUUGUCUAUCGAGGAUAACUGUACUUUACCUCAACAACGUAAAAUGGCAACAUCUAUGCAAGAGGUAUUUGGAGAUAUGUUGUUAGUCCAACCUGUCGACAAAAAUGAAACUUUUCUACCUUCUCCAUACGUCUUACGUAGAAAAAUUUUAUUAAAACACAAGAAACUUCCCGAUGGUGUAGAUGAAUCUUCGUUUCUUGUUCGAAAUGAUGAAAGUAGACAAGAGAUGGAUCUCAGAAAUACUGUAAAAAAUGGGAUUCUUUAUUUGGAGGAUCCUAUUGACAGAGAGUGGAAUCAGCAUUUUUUUGUACUAACACAGCAGAAGCUAUUUUACACAGACACGUUUUCGAGAACACAAGAAACUGAACAUGAUGAUGACGACGAAAGCAACAUUCGAAGAUCGUCAGACAGUUUUCAGAUUCCAACUUGGAUGUGCUUCAGUAAGAGCAACGUUUUUUGCUUUGUAUUCCAGAGAAAUAUAGUCUGCAGGAGGCUCUACGUAAUCGGCUGGAUUGUAGUCCUUAUCUGCGGUUGGAUCGUCUGUCAUUAUCAAGACAUAAAAUAUAAUUUGUAGUCUCUUAUACUUAUUAUAUUAUAUUCACUAAACGGAAGGACAACACAAUACCUCAUAUACUCAUUAUUCAUUAUUCAUAUAUUCAUUAUAUAAAUCAUCAUAUAAAACUAUCAUUAUAUAAAAUUAGAUAUUCUUCUAUUAUGACAAACCUGUCAUUCAGUAUAUCAAUAACAGUUCUGGAUAUUGUAUCUGCCAUGACUAUUGAGAAUAAAGUAAUUUAGGUUCUUUAAUAAGGUAA